CAACACCCAGGAUGCAGACGUUGGCAAAUCCACACUGCAUGCGUAAUAUAAAGCACUAUGGCUUCCACACGAUGUGUUGCACUUACUUCAUUUAUUUUCAUACUUCUUGGAUGUUGCUCUUGUACAUUUGGGUUCAAUAUCCUUAUGUCAUCUUACUAUGGAAUGGGAAGCCAUUUCUUUGCCGGAUCUAAGGUGGCAGAGAGCCUUUUGAAGAAAGGUCACAAUGUUACAUUUCUCAUCAGUGAGGCUUUCUCACAUCGAGCGGAAGACCCAGCAUAUUCCAAUUUUUCAUUCCAGAUCUUCAAGCACUCGGUGCCCAAAGAAGAAAUCGUUGACGUAUUCAGCAAUCUCAUUGGCCAACAUGCAUUCGAAAGCUCACAGGUGCAGCUUAAGACUGGGCUUAAAAUAGUGGAGCAUAAUAUAAACGACUGUUUAUCUAUACUCAGAGACAAGGCCUUUAUGGGAAACAUAGAGGGGAUCGAUGGGAUAGUUGUGGAUACAGCGUGGAAUUGUGGAUAUUUCAUCAGAGAUUUCUUGGAAAUGAAGACAAACAAAAGUAGGAAAGUUCCACUUGUAGCUAUGACCCCGGCAGCCAAUCUGAUUGGUUCGAUAUUAGAGGAUAUAUCAUCGACAUUGAACCGCGCCUACCAGCCCGAGUUCGGUACUGGAUAUACCAAUAGAAUGACAUUUCUUCAGAGAACAAUGAAUGUGCUAGAGCAUUGGAAGUGGCGAUUCGUGUCUAAAACCGUAAGCAGCUGGUUCUGCGAGAUACAGAAAGAAACGGGUCAAAACUGCCACGAUUUCGAUGUGCUAGAAAUGUACGCAAAGGCCGAUAUCUUUUUGUUUAAUACCCACUUUGCUGUAGACUUCCCCCGCGCUCUCACACCAAACGUUGUACUAGUAGGUGGAUUAACCUGCCGACCAGCUUCCCCUCUCACCCAGGAGUUAGAAGACUUUGUUCAGAGUUCUGGAGAUCAUGGCGUUAUCAUCUUCACCCUCGGUACCUACUCGACGUCCAUCACGACGAUCAGACCCGAAUUAGUGACGAUGUUUGCCGAAGUUUUCCGAAGAUUGCCGCAGAAGGUCAUCUGGCAGCUCAAAGAACUGCCUGAAUGGGAGCUACCCUCUAACGUGAAGGCUAUGCCCUGGCUACCUCAAAACGAUCUUCUCGGUCAUCCCAAGACCCGAAUGUUGAUGUACCAAGGAGGUAAUAAUGGUUUCCAGGAGGCCAGCUAUCACGGUGUACCCAUCGUAGUCAUUCCUCUUCACAGCGACCAACCCGAUGUCGCAGCCAGGAUCGAGGUGAGAGGUAUGGGCAAGAGACUCGAUAAAAUGUCCCUGAGUGCUGAUGUCAUCUACGAAACCAUUGAAGAGGUCAUAGGCAAUCCAAGUUACACCAAGACAGCGAAAGAAGUGUCGGCCAUUUACCGCAACGAACCAAUGAGUGGACCUGAUAAGGCUGCUUUCUGGAUCGAACACGCUAUCAAGUUUGGUGGGGCUAACAUGCGACCACCUGUCAACGAACUCAAUUUCGUUCAAUAUAACCUUCUCGAUGUGUAUACAUUCCUCAUUGGAAUCGUUAUAGCGUUCGUAUUGGUAGUAUUAUACGUUUUCUGGUUUUGCCUUUCGAUAUGUAUUAAUUUGGUAAGACCUGGCAAAAGCACAAAAUCCAAAGCUGACUAAUUGUGUAUUCAUUACAGUUCAGAGUGCUGAUUGUGGAAAAUAACUAUACAUAUUUCAGGGGAAAAAACUGCUUCGAAUUUUUUUAUGAAAAAAAGAUUGUCUUGCGUUUAAAAAUGUCUUUGUCUUACAGGGAAAUUAUGUCUCACUGAUUUCAUGAUGCUAUUUGUUUUAACUGGCAUUAAAGCCCCACUGUCCUACUUGUAGCUACUUGCUCCCUCUUGCUCCCUCUAUAUAGAAAACUUCCCCAAUCGGUGCCUGUUGGUCCCUCAUC